ACACGAGAACUUGAACUCCGAGAAGUAACUGUGUACCUAUAGACUACUGCUUGCUGAUAGAGUGAUCAUGUAACUUUGAAAAGGUGGUGAUCAAGCCAAACAUGGCCGAUGAGGAAGAAGAGUUAAAGAUAAAGCAGUCCAUCUACUCUGGCUCCACAUUAAUACCUGAACUCCCUCCUAAGGUGGUCAGGUUAUUUGUCAGCUCAACAUUUGUUGAUGCUGAAGCAGAAAGGAAUGUGCUGCUGAAUGAAGUGUACCCCACCGUGUGGUGGUGGUGUAAGAAUCAUGAUCUUGACUUCCAGCUGGUUGAUAUGCGGUGGGGUGUACGGGACGAAGCCUCAACUGACCAUACCACCACCCAGAUCUGUCUGAGGGAGAUACAGAAGUGUCAGAAUGUGUCUAUGGGGCCAAACUUUCUGUUCAUUCUGGGUCAGCGAUAUGGCUAUCGUCCCAUCCCAGCCACUAUCCCUGCUAGCAUGUAUGGCAUUCUCCAUGAACACGUCACUGACGCGGAUGACAUCAAGCUUCUGUCGUCGUGGUAUCUAAGGGAUGAUAACACAGUACCUCCUGUCUACGUUCUACAACCAAUCAUGGAGAACGUAAGGAAACAAUGGUCAGCCAUCUCUGAGCAGCUCAUAGAUAUACUCCGGAAAGCGGCAUCUGGGGCUGAGAACGCCGGACUGAUUACUCCUGCUGAAAAACACACAUUUUUUAUGUCAGUGACUGAACAAGAAGUGAGAGAGGCACUUGAUUCCAAGAAUCCAGAUGACCACUGUGUAGGGGUCUUAAGAACAAUCACGGAUCUAGAACAGAAUCUUAGACAAGCCAAUGCCAGCAAAUUCUGUGAUUUGGAUAGCAACAACAAGGUACAGGAGGAUGGAAAGGCACUUCUUGAAGAUCUCAAAGAGAAAUAUACAACAAAAUGCUUGAAAGAGCAGAACAUUCACCAGUUCAAUGUCAAAUGGUCUUCCAAGGGGAUUGACCCCUCUCGUUCAGAGCACCGAACCUACCUCGAUCAAUUCUCAAAUGCUGUAACUAACAGUACGAUCAAUCUCAUCAAGCGUGCCGAGACCAAGUACACCCACUAUGCACUCAGUAAAGACGAUCUCUUCCUGGAAGUCUGUCAUCAUGCUGAGUUCUGCCAUUCUAAGUGCAUCAACUUUCACGGUUGCGAGGACAUCAUUCAUUCCAUCUUUGCGAAAAUCAAAGAUGAGAUGUUCAGGAAGCCGAUCGCGAUCCACGGUCCAUCUGGAAGCGGGAAGACGUCCAUCAUGGCCAUGGUACAGGAGAAUGCUCAGAUGCACCUUGGUCGUCCUUGUGUGGUGGUAUCCAGGUUUCUUGGUACCACGUCUCAAAGCUCAACCAUCAUCAACGUGAUCCUCUCCAUAGCGCAGCAGAUCUGUGCUGCUUUUCAAAUCCAUGACAACAGUGAGCUUAUCGAGAGGAGGCCGAAGGAAUUGUUUCCCUACUUUCAUUCCCUCCUGGAAAAAGUAUCAUCUACCUCUGAUCGACAUCUGAUCAUCAUGCUUGAUUCUCUGGAUCAGCUUGAGAGUGCUCAUAGUGCUCAUAGAUGUUUGUGGCUACCGAGAAACCUACCUCCGAAAGUCAGUGUAGUUGUGUCCACUCUCCCUGACAUGUAUGGCAUUCUCCCCAAGCUGAGGCAGUUGCUUGGCAAUGAAGAAUGUUUCCUGUCUGUGGAAGCUCUCUCAGAAGGGACUGGUGAUGAGAUCAUGCAUACGUGGAUGCAGAGCACUGGACGAGCUGUGACAGAGGAACAGAAGAAUAUCCUCAAGAAAGCUUUCCUGAAGUGCCCUCAGCCCCUGUUCCUGAAGCUCCUGUUUGAGGAAGCACGUCGCUGGAAGUCUUAUACCAAGGUCAGGGAGGAGGACUUGGCUGUCACUGUCAGGGCGGCCAUCUGGAAACUCUUUGAGAGGCUGGAGAGGCAGUUUGGAUAUAAGCUGGUUUCCCAUGCUCUUGGCUAUAUAACUGCUGCUAGGAGUGGAUUAUCGCAUGCUGAGCUUGAAGACAUUCUCUCUAUCGACGAUGAAGUGUUGGAUGAGAUAUACCAGUACUGGUCCCCGGUGGAUCCUACCACAGUACGGAUUCCAUCACUGCUCUGGACUCGUCUUAAAUACGAGCUUGAGGAAUACCUUGUUGAGAGACAGGCUGAUGGAAGGGUUGUUAUGGUCCUCUAUCACAGACAAUUCAAGGAAGCAGCCCUUGCCAGAUACCUGAACGAUCCCAAGGUAGCACGACAACACUACCAGGUUUUGGCCGAUUUCUUCGAGGCUCGGUGGAGUGACAAACCAAAGACCCUGGUGUUAACUCAGAGGAAGGAGACCCUGCAGGCGUAUCGUAAAGUGGCCUCUCAGCCUCUCAGAUUCGACAAGGAGUUUAAUCAGAGGAAGAUCAGUGAGCUCCCCUACAGUCUGCUCUUUGCAGAAGACAUCCCCAGAUUCGUUGAGAGCACACUUGGUAACUACGAGUUCAUCCUGACAUCCAUGCUAGCCAACUCAACUCAGUAUCUGAUUGAGGAGUUGUCAUGGGCCCUCACCUAUCCUGACAUCCUUGGACCUGAGAUGUGCACUCAGCUUGGACUUCUACAAGACACACUACGACUGGCCAAGCCUACCCUUGAGUUCAAGAACAACACCCAACCCGUAGCCAUUGAGCUUCUGGGGCGAUUGAGCUACUUCGAGGAGCAGUAUCCCGAUGUGAUUGGUCGAGUGAUAGCGGGAUGCAAGACGUGGUGUCAGGAUACAAAUCGGUUACUUCUCAUCCCUCAGAUGAGCUUCUUCCCAACCCCUGGAGGCCCAAUGCGCACUACUCUCAUCGGACAUCUAGGUAACAUCUGUGAUCUGUCAAUAAGCAACGAUGGCAGCUACCUUGCAACAUCAGACACAGAGGGGGCUGUUUACAUCUGGGAGCUAGGCUUAGAUGAGUUGCUCUUCUUUAUGAGAGAUCCUCAAGAUGGCAAUCCUGUCACUCAUGUAACCUUCUCACAUGACAAUCGCUUGUUUGUGGGAUACAUCAAGGAGUCUGGAGUCAUUCAGGUCUGGAACAUGCAGAGUGGUGAUCCUGCCUCAAGGAUUGUGACUGUCAAUGAGACUGCGGAUCUGGACAAGAGAGGAGAUGAUCACCAGGCUUGCAUCAUUGUGCCCAAGAGUUCUGAGACCGUGGUGUUUGGUACUGCAAAGGAAGUGAAGAUAUACCAUAUCCAGUCUGGUGCCUUGCAGCGCACUAUCAAUGUAACCAGUGGUGAGAUCAAGGGACUUUGUUUGUCCUCGAAUGACCAGUACCUACACAUCAUAACACAGAAUGGUCACUUCAUCACUCAUAGCAUGACAACCUUUGACCUGCUCUAUGACCUCUGCCCUCAUGAAGGUCAAGUGAACUGUUUUACCAACACAGAGUCUGGAAGUGUAGGAAUGGGAUACGCAGAUGGCACAUUUUGCUUAAUUCAGCCAGAUGAGAACAAGAACAGCAAGGGGACUGUAGCAUUGACAGAAAAUGUUUCAGAACAAAAGUCAAUAGCUUGUGUGUGCAUCAAAGAAGACCUGAACCUGUUGAUAGUAGCAGCUGACAAGAACAUCUAUGUCUGGGACUAUGUGAAGAAGUGCUUGCAGAGCACGUUACAAGGUCAUGAAGAGUGUGUGGAGAGCAUUGAGGUAGCUACUGAUGGCAGUCUUCUUGUAUCUGGAGGUUAUGAUGACAUCAUCAUAGUGUGGGACUUGAUCAGUGGGACCGAGGUUCGAGUCUUGGAUGGUCAACAGAGUGACAUCUCCCUCCUCAGACGGCACAAGAAUCAACUUGCAUCUGCCUCCUUCAGCACCCCAUACAUCAAACUGUGGGACAUCUCCCCUCAAUACUUGUCACAGCACCACCACAAGUUUGUCGACAAGAAAGAUAUGGCAGCAAUAACCAAAGAUCUCCGGUAUGUUGUCCACCAGCAGUUCCCAGAGAAACCCUUGAUCAGCAUCUGGGAGAGUGAUGCCAAGAAAAGCGUGCAUGUGAAGACAGGGGAAGAUGAAAGCAGCAGAAUCACUUGCUUUACAGCAACUGACAUUGCCCGAACUGCCAUUGUAGGAUGCUCAGAUGGACGUGUAGUCAUCGCCGAUCUGAGCCUGAAGAAGGUCUUGAAUGUCCUUCCAGGUGACAAGAAUGCUGUUGCUGCCAUAGCAGUCCGCCAAGAUGAACGAUACAUAGCAGUUGCAUAUGCAAACAAUACAGUCUGCGUUAUAAACAUUCAAUCUCUUAAGACUCAGCGGCAGUUCAACCUUGAUGUCAAAGGCAACAUCUCCAAUCUCUGCCUCACCCUGAUGGACAUUCUGGUGGUGGCGAGUGAUGCAGGGCUGGUGUACGUGAAGCUGUCUUCGUCCAGUGAUCUUGUGAAGCUGGAAGGGAAUCAGAGUCCUAUUAAUUGUCUAGGAGUAAGUCCUGAUGAACACCAUGUGGCCUGUGGAAUGGAAGGUGCCAAUGCGUUAGUCUGGGACCUUCAGAUGACCAGAGUAGAUUUGCAGAUCAGGGCCAAGUCUGUCCAGCACCUUUGCUUCACCAAGGACAAUGAAUAUCUGGCAACGACUUCAAAUGACAAGAAAGUCUUCCUGUGGCGACGUAGCAACGGGAACCAGCUCCUUGAGAUCUACAUCUACUCCAACAUGUCCUGUCUUGCAGCUAUAGAGGGCGCUCUGAUUGGAACCACACAGAUCGGUCAAGUGGUUGCCAUGGAAAUCAAGGAUCGGAAAAAGCAAGCGUUGAAGAGGCAGAAGUCCAUGACAUGUGCCGUACUGUAAGCAGUUGAGUUCUGAAUGAAAA